ACAGCCGCCGCCAUGAACAUCCGCAAUGCCCGACCCGACGACCUGAUGAACAUGCAGCACUGCAACCUGUUGUGCCUGCCUGAGAACUACCAGAUGAAGUACUACCUCUACCACGGCCUGUCCUGGCCCCAGCUCUCCUACAUCGCCGAGGACGAGGACGGCAAGAUCGUGGGCUACGUGCUGGCCAAGAUGGAGGAGGACCCGGAUGACGUGCCGCACGGGCACAUCACCUCGCUGGCCGUCAAGCGCUCGCACCGGCGCCUCGGCCUGGCGCAGAAGCUCAUGAACCAGGCCUCCCGGGCCAUGGUCGAGAGCUUCGGGGCCAGGUACGUGUCCCUGCACGUCAGGAAGAGCAACCGCGCCGCCCUGCACCUCUACGCCGACACCCUGGGCUUCCAGGUCAGCGAGGUGGAGCCCAAGUACUACGCCGAUGGGGAAGACGCCUACGCCAUGAAGCGGGACCUUUCACACAUGGCCCACGGACUGAAAUCGCGGCAUCCCGAGCCCAGCGAGCAGGGCGGGUGUUGGGGGAUGAGCUCCCCGUCGUGUCCUAGCUCCCAGGAGGCCUGCCUGCCGGUGAGCAUGGCCGUGGCGGCUGCUGCUGCGGAUGCCAGUGGCAGCCAGGAGCCCAGCCACAACAGUGCAGAAGACUCUGGGUUCACCUCCUAG